ACCAUAAAAAAGUGUCAAGUAUAUUAAUUUAUACUUUAUAUUGUAAUAAAGAUUUGACUUGAGGACUUAGAGGAAGGCAGACUCGCUAGUGAGCAGUUUAAAAGUUUCAUGGUUUGCAUUAGACGCCAAUCUAAGAAAAAUUUCAGGUGCAUCAAUAUACCGUCCAAAAUUGAUUUGCGGCUUUGAAUUGGAAUUCCUGAGUAAAAAGAUUUUGAUUAAAAAGUAUUAAUUGAAUUAACAAUUUUGUGAAGAUGGAGUAUAGAGAGUCGACAUACGAAACAUGUUCUGAAGCGUUUGAAGCAAAUCAGCAAGAAGAGGACAUUGAUGCAUCGUUGUUUUGUCCGUAUGUAAUUCUAGAUGAAGAAACUGACAGGAUCUCCACAGAUAACGAUGAACACAUCGAUAAUUACAUGGAAGCUGACCCCUUAGACUAUAACAUAAUUGGAAUCAAAGCAAAAUUCCGGUUGACUGAUGAUGAAGAAUCUCUAAGACAAAAGAUAUAUUGUGCAAAAGAACUAUAUAACCCUGUCCAAGCCACCAAAAUCCACUGCACUUCCUGCAACUGUCAUCUUGGAAGUGCUUUAAGUAAUAUCAAAAAUGUUUACAUCCAUCCGCUUUUAAAAGUCAUAAUUUGCAAAGAAUGUUUUGACUUUUACACAGCAGGUGACUUUGAAUUGGAUGAAGAUGGCCAAGAAAAAUUCUGCAGAUGGUGCGGUCAAGGUGGAAAACUUUUUUGCUGUAACGAAUGCCCUAGAGUUUUUUGUACGACUUGCGUCAAAUUUAAUUUUUCGUCUAGCCAGUACAGCCAAAUACAAAACACCCACUACUGGAAAUGUUUUAUAUGCGAUCCAUCAUCGAUAAUGCAUCUUAAAGUGAAAUGCUUUGAGUUCGUAAAAUAUAUACGUGAAGAAUUAAUGCGAAUUCAAUAUAUAAAAGGCAAUGGUAUGUAUAUGGACAUAGAGUAUAGUCCAUGCUGUGCUAGUAAAAGUACAAAGCGAAGACUCGAAAAACAAGAUCCAGAUUUUAUACCUGACAAUUAUGAUGGGGUCAAAUCAGCAAAGCAAGUUAAGUCGAUUAAAAAACAAGAUGAAUGGGAAACGGGCCAAAUUCCAAAUAAUGAAUAUACACAGAACCCUCGAAAUCUGGGCGAAUCAGUAUCAACAUCAUGGAGUCAUGAUAAAGAAGAUCAAACAAAGACUUCAUUUUUAGAUAGAAAAUCAGGGAGUGUAUUACCUAUAGCCAAAACAGCCCCUUCUAUUACUCCAUCUACCAUAAAACUUAACAAGGCGCCAAAGAUUUUAUUACAAAGAAAAACUGGAAAUGUUAACAUGUUUUUAAAGAUACCCAAAAACAUUGUUGUGAGGUCUGGUUCAGACGAUUUAUCUACAGUUCCAAAAACAGUUGCUUUAAAAACAACUUUUGCCGGCAUUAAACCUAAAACAAUUUCUACUCUAUCUAAAAUUCCAUUGACACAAUCUAUUUCCACAAACAUGAUUUUAGCUCCUACUAAAAUUUCAAGUCAUUUAACUACAGUUCCAAAAACUGUUGUUUUAAAAAAUACUCUUGCCAUCACUAAACCUACUAUUACUGUUACUAAGCCUACUAUUACCACUAUUACUGUUCCAUCUAACAAUCAAGGUGUUCCCUUACAUUUUUCUACAGUACCAGUACUUACUCCUAUAAGGAAUUAUCCGUGGAUUCAUGCUUACCAUAACGCUAUUAAUGAAAAUGAUCCCGUUUUGAAAUACACAAAUCAACAACAAAAUAUUAUAGAGCCUGAUAAGACGGAGGAUGUAAGAAUUUCUGAGAUGGAACACAAUAAUAAACAAUCGUUGCUCAUUACUGCAUUGGCUAAUUCGACGUAUGGUUCAUCCCUAUUAACUAUAAUGCUAAACCAAACAAGGGUAGAGAAAGAUGGCGAAAAGAUGUAUAGAGCGUUGUAUACUUGUCUGCAGACAUUCAUAAACUCUUUGACACUUAUCGAAAGAAGGAUGAAGACAAAGCAUUAAAAUUCCGUUUCCCGCAUUUAACACGUUUAUAGUUGUAUAGUGUGUUUAAAAUAACGUGAACAAAGGAUUGAAAAUGUGUAUUUUUUCUUUUUUGACUUUUCUUGUUGUAGUUCCGUUCAUAUGUAUUAAUUUAAAAUAAAUUUAAUUUAACAACCACCA